UUCUCUAGUAUGUGGUCGGCCCAUGUACCCGUCCAUUUGUUGUUGUGAGUGCAUUUGUUCCUAUCGAUAAUUAAUCAGUGUGGCUGUAGUAUAAACGACUUAUCUGUCCGGGCAGUACAUGAUAUGAUUCGAAAAUGGGUUAUACACUGUUUUAUCUUAUCGAGUGGGUGGAAUUCAAUGCUACAGAUAUACCAUAUAAGUCCAUUUCGUGAUGGGAGCAACGAUGAAUUGUACUUUUAAUACUAUCGUGUUUUGUGUCAAUUGAGAACCGCAAUUCAUCCUGGUCGUGUGAUGAAAUUGAUAGAAAUUGCGCUAAUUGAAAGGUUUGAAUAUAAGCUGGAGAUUAGGAACUUCCAUAACGUUUUUAACAAGAAGGAGACCAGCAGAUUUAUAUUCAUCAUUUUUUUUUUUUUUAAUAUAUUGCCUUCAACGAAAUGUUCGCUUUAAUUUCCAACGAACGAAAUCAAUAUUAUAUUGCACCGAAGAAUGGCUGCGCUAUAUUUUACGCUGCUUUAACUUCUACUCUCAUUGUAACGGCAAAUUCAAAUGGUAAAUUCCGAGACAGAACGUGAUCCAACCUUGCCGAGAAGUUCCGCAGUUUGACAGUUGUAACUCGCUUGUCAAACAGCGCGGCCAGCAACUGACACGAGACAAAAGCAGCGUUUCAUCAUCUUUUUCACCUAGUGAUUGCGUUUCUGUGCUUUUCGUGCCUUUCUAUUCGGUGGUGUCGCAACUUCGCGGAUAUUCAAGAACCUGGGCCAAAAAUCCGUGUGUUGAACAGUGGAAAUGCGCACAACUCCCGAGGGCAGGGCCGAAAUUGCUGCAACACAAUGGUGGUAAAGUUGUGCUGAAAGCGCAAGAAACAUCCAACAAUCGAUGCCUUCUGUCUCCCGUCGACCUUGAAAAAACGUGUGUUCGGGGAAGAAACUGUGAGUCUGUGUUCUUCUGCAGUCACACAUAAAGACCAGAGCAACGGGGAGAAAGGUGCACUAAAGCAGUGAUUGUGUUGUGUUGAAAACGGAAGCGGCCGAAAUCAGCGACGGAACUUGCAGAACACAGCAAGAUGUGCAAUAUGUUAACUUUUCUGAAGCAAAGUGAGCAAGUGGCAACUACUACUUACGAAAUCCGCACCUCGCACGGGUUUACGUCAUAUCUGACCGCGCUUAUCAGUCGCUAGAUGGGACGGUGGUGUGUGGUGGCAGCAGUGGUAGCCGUUUUUUUGUAGCAGUCCGGAUCGUCGCAGCAACGCAGCAACGAAACAAGGCGAGCAAAUUAACGCGCACUUACUUCCCUGCCAACGACAAACCAGCAGCUGGAGGCGGCCAGGAGAAACAGCAGAGCACACGAAGCAACAAACGGUCUGCGGGUUAGCAACAGCAACAGCAACAGCCAAUAGCCAUCGAAGUGUAUUGCGUUGAACCGGAUGUAUGGCAGGACGGCGAAUCUGUAGAUGCUCAGAACAGACCCGGAAGUGAAUCGUGACUCGGUUGAUAUCCGCGGUGUAUAUAAUGUACAUACUUUCUCUUCCUUCGAUAACUCCUAUUCUGCCUUACUUCUUAUGCUGAACGUCAACGGUGACUAAAUUUUAGUCUCGAAAGCCGCACCUUCCUUCUUUGCCCUUCUUUUCUCUUGUAACAAUCCGUCAUCCGUUCCGGGAACCGGUGCAAACAGAAAUUCACCAGCAACGAGGUGAAGAACAUUCACGAAUGUGAACAGCUACGUAUCUAGGUGAAAUUGCAUGCUUCACGGAACAGUAGUCUAAGAAUAGUAAUAAUAACUGUUGAUUGCGAAGAGACCAAAUCUGCGGCACACAGAACUGCAACAAACCUGGUGUGAAAUUGAAAGGAAGCUACUGCAGAAAUUCCAGUGCGCUAAAUAUUCCCACAUCAAUGGCCUCGACUUUGAAGAAUCAUAAGACGGCAGCGGCCGCAGCUGCAGCAACAGCCGGCGCAGCUGGUGCAGGAAAGGGCAGCUUCGGAUGGCUGGCUCACGUCAAAUACGAACAUCUAAUGGCAGGCAUUUCCGGUGGAGUCACAUCGACACUUCUGUUACAUCCUCUGGAUCUGAUAAAGAUCCGUUUUGCCGUCAACGAUGGACGAACGGCAUCGGUGCCUCAGUAUCGCGGAUUGACCAGCGCAUUCCUCACCAUUUUCCGACAAGAAGGCUUCCGUGGCCUGUACAAAGGAGUCACCCCCAAUAUGUGGGGCUCUGGUAGUGCGUGGGGAUUUUAUUUCAUGUUUUACAACACGAUUAAGACUUACAUACAAGAUGGAAAUACUGCCCAACCCCUAGGACCUACGCUCCACAUGUUGGCAGCAGCCGAGGCAGGCGUACUAACGCUUGCCAUGACCAAUCCAAUUUGGGUGGUAAAGACGCGGCUGUGUCUGCAGUGUAAUGAGCGCGUUACGGCAGGUUCCGGUACCGGGUAUGCCGGUAUGGUUGAUGGUCUUACAAAAAUCUACCGCACUGAGGGUAUUCGAGGGCUCUACAGGGUAUGUCACGCCAACAGGUGUUCAAAUUCACCCCUUUUUUCUCACGAGUUCCCUCUCACUUUGCAGGGAUUCGUACCGGGAAUGUUUGGUGUAUCGCACGGAGCGCUGCAGUUCAUGACAUACGAGGAAAUGAAGAACAAAUACAACCAACACCGCAAACGACCAAUCGACGCUAAGCUGACGACAUCCGAGUACUUGACGUUUGCAGCAGUAUCUAAGCUGAUCGCAGCCGCCGGUACUUACCCUUACCAAGUAAUCCGGGCACGCUUGCAGGAUCAAAACCAUAGCUAUAAGGGCACCUGGGAUUGCGUGAAGCUGACAUGGAGGUACGAACGGGUGUCAGGGUUCUAUAAAGGCCUCAUGCCGUAUCUAGUGCACGUAACGCCCAACAUUUGCCUAGUGAUGUUGAUCUAUGAGAAGUUUACCAACCACUAAGAAAAGAAUGUGACGGCGGAUUCCGUUUGGCCCUUCUCCGUUCCCGUUCAUACCGGUAUACGAUCUGCCGUUCGGUCCGUUCCAAUCUUCUCGCCCUUCCCAUAUCCAUCCCUUCCACUGCGGAUGUGGUCGAUUUGCUCCAUUCCCGCUAUCGAGAGCCUCGCCUUUCUCGGACAUCCUUUAAGCCAUCUGCACGCGUGUCCGUCUCUCAGAGGCUCAGGAACGAUGCUCGUUUAGCGUGUAAGUUGUCGUUUCGAUUCCAGCGUCGCUCACGCGGCGUUGUGUGCGUCGUGUAUGUAUGUGCCCGUGCAAUUGGCACAUCUAUUUAUUUGUAUCUCUCGUUAGCCUCUCACACCGGGCAUAAAAGCUAGGUUUAGGACGUGUGGAAGCAGCAACUCUUUGGAUCAGUAAUUAUUAUUACUAUUACGAUUGUUGUUACGAUUAAUGCUAUUUUUAUUACUAUCUUUAGUGCACAUUUUUGUACCGCAUCAUCUACACGCAUACUGAUAAACCCACGCACCCGACAAAACAAAGUAACAUUUACGAAUGGCUACGAUGAACUGAACGCUUUGCAAUAGCUCAAAUUAUUUGAUGUAUGUUGUUCAAAUUUGAAAAGAUUCAAAAUCUCUGUAUGGCUUUUCAUCGCUCCAGGCUCAGAUUGUGUAAUGCAAACCUUUUGGCGUGUUUCGUUGUCAUUCGCGUUGUUAUCUUGCGGUGUGUGUGAUAAAUUGAUUAGCACACUUUAUCAAGUGGUGUGAGACUAUUAUUUCGGUUGUCAGAGUAAUGCUCGUGUUAUCUUGUCACGAUGUGAAAGGAUGAAUAGUGUAGGUAAUGGUAUAAUGUCUACUUCGAGCUGUGCUCUCGACGAUGAACGUGACAAGUGGUAAACUCAAUAGACCGGUCAAAGCUUGGAAUUUUAGCCGAGAUCUGCCCUCAUAGCAAGACAACAGCAGAAGAAUGUUUGUAAAUCUGCACCAGAAAAUCCCGCUGCUCCCGAAGCAAAGUAUCAAACUGAAUGUCUUUAAGAAAUUAGAUAGUAAACACAUCCACAGAAGAAACUACUACUUAAGAACAUUUCUACAACAACUACAAAAAAAAUGCAAAAACAAAAAAAUCCACCAACAAUUGUAAAAGUUGAAAACACCCAAAAACAAUUGGAUUAUCUAAGACGAAAACAAUUAGCUUAAAAUACGUCAACAAAUUACAGAGUAUGGACCAGGAAGCAGAUUAGACAUAGACAACCAGCACUUGAACUAUUUUCGUUCCUCCACAAAUCUUCGGAUUUCCUCUCUUGGUUAUCACCCGUGUGUUGUCUGCUGCUCGUUACCGAUAACGGGUCGGUUUCGUUGCGAUGGUUGGCGUUAGAGAAAGAAACGAACGCAACGCAUUCACCUUCACAAAAAGAUGGACAGCAAUUCAAUGGAGUGUUAUGAAUUUGAAUUGCGACGCAGGCAGUCAGUUAUUGUUGAAUCGAAAAGCACUGAACGUUCGAAAGCGAUAAGGAAAUCCCGAAUUUCUUCUCGUACGUAUGAUGAUGAAAUUCCACCCAAUAUGGUGUGUGUAGAAUGCAAUGCAAAAAGCAAAAGAAGUUAUAAACCUAGGGCAAUAUUAAUUCAAUAUCAAACAACCAGCAAUAGCGCGGAAAUUUGCAAUUUUGACCUCAACGCAAAGCAAUAAACUAGCUCAAUCUACUUGACACACAAUACGAUGGAGGGCUGUUGUAGGAAACCUUGUGAAUGCUGGUCAGCAAAGACAGUGUGGCUACCGCCCGGAAAGGAAUGAAAACUGAUGUUCUCGCUAAAGCUUGCUUCAUUUCCUGCGAUUAACUUCAUGAACUAUUGUAUCCUGAUUUUCUUCAUUUCUCCGCUUCCUUCCCUUCUGUUCUUAUACUUCUGAUGUACUGUUUAUUUUUUUUUAUGUUGAAUUGUAAGGGGAGUAGAAAGUAAACGAAUAGAUCAGUGCAGCAAUCUAUUUAACAAAAUAAAUAAAAAAAGCAAACCAAGUAUGCUUUUGAGCAGAACAAAAAAAAACCCCAAAAACAAACAAAAAACAGAAAA